CCUGCUAUUUCCAGUUUCAUUGGCCGUCGGCGCGCGACGGCAGACACACACAGAAAGGCAGGAAGGAUGGCGAACGAAAUGGAGGAAUUGCUCGAUUUCUUGUCUUCACCAUCUCCGCCGGUCAAGAAGGCUGCUGUUGACAUUGUUCGAGAUUUGACUGGUUCUGAAGAGGGCUUGCUGUCUCUUUCUGCUUACUCGAAUACUGCUUUGACUUCACUUGCUAGCCUCAUGUCUGAAAAGAAGGAGGUAUCUGAACCUGCAGCUGAAGCUCUUGUUAACCUAUCACAAAACUCAGAUUUGUCUGCUAAAUUGGUUUCAAUGGGAAUGAUUAAAACUGUAAUGGAUAUAUUAUACAAGCCAGAGGCCUGCAUUACAAGGUUGCUUGUUAUGUUACUGGUUAAUCUCACCCGUAUAGAUACUGGAAUAGCUGCCUUGCUUCAGGUUGAUGAUGAGAAGAUGCAUGGCCUGUAUGUUAUGAAGCUUGUGAGAUCAUUCUGCAUUUCUACAGAGAAGAAUGGCGAUCCUUUUGAACAUGUUGGUUCAAUACUUGUGAAUAUAUCACAGCGGGAAGCAGGAAGGAAACUUUUAGUGGACCCCAAGCGAGGACUUCUUAAGCAAAUUACUAGGCAAUUUGAUUCAACAAAUCUGUUGAGAAAGAAAGGGGUUUCUGGAACAAUCCGUAAUUGCUGUUUUGAAGCGGAUAGUCAGAUACAGAAUUUACUCCUUAUAUCAGAAUUUCUCUGGCCAACUCUACUUCUUCCUGUUGCUGGAAAUAAGAUUUACAGUGAAGAGGAUACCUCAAAGAUGCCACGUGAACUUGGGAUUGUGCUCUCAAUUGAGCGCGAACCAGUUGAUGAUCCCGAAAUUCGUGUUCAAGCACUGGAGGCUGUAUACUUGAUUGUCUUGCAGGACGCGGGUAGAAGAGCUUUUUGGUCAGUCAAUGGGACAAGGAUACUUCAGGUGGGCUAUGAAGAUGAGGAAGAUCCUAAGGUUAUGGAAGCAUAUGAACGAGUUGGCUCCUUGCUGGUUGAAGGAAGCGCAGAAGACUGACUGAUCAGGCAUCGGGCUAGUUUCUUGACGGAUAAUCUCCAUUCACCGAAGCCAGAAGGUAUUGAUAAUUUUGAGGUCACUGUUUGUUUGAUUUAGAACUGCUCUUUAAUGUAUUCUAUUUGACUUUGUUUAGAUAAAAUAUAGUGAAAUUUGAUGAGUUAUGGGAACUGGAAAGUUGCAUAUUGAUUAAAGGAAUUUCCGAAUGAUUAGGCUU